AGCUCACCACGAAUAGUUUGUCCACCUCACAUACAGAAAGUGUUGUGAAACAAAUAUAUGAAUGAACACAUUGGCUAACAUUGUCUUCCUUCCAUACCUGAGUAUUUAUAAGAAGGGUGUAACUAGUGUUUAACAGGAGCCAAACAUUAACAAAGUACGAAACCACGAAAAGUUGCCACGUCGUGCCUCACCAGUGUCAAGGCAAUGCGCAUGAGUGUGAACGAGAUAACAUAUUACUUUUGGGAUCGAAAAUUGAAUUUUUGUUGAAGCCGCAAAACAGCGUUGUCAUAUUAUACUAACUGCUGUAUUUAAAAUCAAAUUUAGAUAUAUCAAAGUUCACUUAAUUUAGCAUAUUAGCUCCUUAAAUGUCGGGAUUACUCUCUAAUCGAAACCGUAUACGUCUUCUACAAUUCAUAGUUGACCUUAUGAGACUCCAGAUUUUACACAAGUUGGGCAGCACUUAUAUUUUACAUUCUUUCACACAUUUUCGCCAUAGUAUUUUUUCGUGAUAUCUUCUGCCACAAAACGGAAGUUUAAUAAUAACCAAAAUGUAUCCAAAAUCACCUUUUCUACGUAAUCCUCUUGUUGAGACACAAAUUCUUCAGCGGAAUCCUAGUCAGCUAGAGGAGUUGAUGAGGUGGUUAUGUCAACCGCCAACAAUAACAACAUAUCGCAUAAAUACGCUUAGAACCACUGUAUCAGCAUUCAAACAAAAAUUACAAGCCACGCUAUGUGAACGAUAUACACUGCCACCCAAAAUCUGUGAAAUACCCAGUAUACCAGAGGUACUUUGCAUUUCGCCCAGAUCCUUUAAUAUUGUAGAUAUAAAGGAGAAGCAGUCAGGCUUGCAACGUGAGGUGGUGGUGGACAGCUGUUGUGGAGGUGCCUUACUACGCGGUGCACACAUCUAUGCACCCGGCGUGCUUGCAAUGGAAGCAGGUACCAAAUUGAAUGAACAAGUUCUAGUUUAUGCUGAUUUGGCGGGUAAAUGUAAGCAAGGCACAAAUAUUCGUUACGAUUCGCUCGAUAAACUGUUUUUGGGUGUCGGCGUCGUACGAAUGCAACGACAUCAGAUUUUUGGACCUCCAACAAGUAGUACUCUCGCACCUUUGAAAGGCGUUGCUGUAGAAAUGAUGGAAACUGUGUCCGGCGUGCCAACCAUUGGCGAUCUAAGCUGCAAAGAAGCGCUUCUACAAAACUUACCGUCCAUUGUCUGUGUACGCGUGCUGAAUCCUCAACCAGGCGAACGUGUGUUGGAUAUGUGUGCGGCGCCCGGCAAUAAAACAACCCAUAUAGCAGAGUUAAUGGGCGAUAAAGGUGAAAUAAUUGCGCUAGACAAGGUAGCCAAUAAAAUCCCGGUUAUGUUGGAAAAGAUAACGAGUUUAGGUUUAAAAAGCAUACGCGCAUAUAAUUUCGAUGCUACGAAAGCUUACAGCGAGGCUAAGGAAGCUGCAGGCACAGAAUGUUUGGACAUGCCACCUUUUGCUGCCAAUACGUUCGAUAAAAUCUUACUUGACGCACCGUGCAGCGCGUUGGGCAAUCGACCGCUGCUUGUCGGUCCACCGAAUAUGUCGGCACGUAUGCUCGGUUCAUAUCCAAAAGUGCAGCGAAAAUUAUUCUCCGCAGCAGUGCCAUUACUCAAACCAAACGGUGUUUUGGUUUAUAGUACAUGUACUGUGACUGAAGGAGAAAAUGAAGGCAUGGUCGCUUGGGUACUAGAAAAAUUUCCACAGCUGAGGUUAGUCCCUGCAACGCCGCAUGUCGGCGGCAUUGGUCUUGAACAAACCGGCCUUAGCGAUACGGAGAGGCAAUAUGUGCAACGUUUUUGUCAGCAUGCGAAAGAAAUCGAAGGAGUUCCUAUUGACACUGUCGGAUUUUUCAUAGCCAAAUUUAUAAAGGAGUAUUGAAUGCCAUCAAUUUUACUGGGGCACUUUGAAUAUUCAAUAUUUGUAAUUUCUAUUAACAAAAAAAAAAAAAAUAGCUGUCUACAUCGUUCAUAUGUAUGCCUUUCGCUUUAAUAAAAUAUUGAAAGUCAUUUAGUACUUGCUCAAAAUUAAGUUCUUUAUUUUAAAUCAUCUUUAUUAUUAUACGUAUAUAACGAAUUAUUCAUCCGUAGCUGUGAUAAUUAUCGAUAUCAAUCAAUAUUGAAUGCUUAACAUGCACAUCUCUAGACAGCCCGCGCAAGUAUUUAAAAUAAUAAUUUACAAAAUUAGUACAUUAUACGGAUGAGGCGGCUUUUGCAUGAAUUAAAUCCAUAAAGAAAUAAAAAUACAUUGUUGUCUUUUAAAAAACCUAUUAGAGAUAUAAUAUACUAAGUUCUUAAAGAAAAAAUAUCAUAACAAACUUUAAAGUAAACCCGGCUUCGUUAUGUGCAUGUUUACCGUUGUUUUGUUUGAUGUAUGUAUGUUUAGCAGUAAAUAUUAAAUUUAUCUUUAAUAAACUACCUUAGAUUCGCUAAAGCAGAGUGCAGACAUGUAACGAUGGUUUUUAUCGUUAAAACUUUUAUAAUUAAACACACACACGCACAGUAUGACAAAAUGGUUUAAAAUAUAAUAUAGAGCUCGUUACCAAUGCAAUGUCAUGUGUCGUGCACGCUCAGUGUAAGGACGCAACCAGUGUGCUGCAGCAUUACAAAAAAUUGUCAAGUAUCCUACUCAUCAUUUACAUAUUUUACGCGGCGAUAUUCAAUGCUGUAUAUUCGUCA